AUGCAUUCAUCUCCGAUUCUCAAGGCUUUGGGAUACGACGAAUGGGUCGCAGGGGAGGCUUCGGUGGUCCCAAGGGAGGCUUCAGGGGUCCCAAGGGAGGCUUCUUCGGAGGAAGAAAAAAAUCAUAUUCAACUGAAUCGCCUAAAGUUCGGUCUACUAAGAAAUUGUCUCCUAAGCCAGAUUCUUAACAAAUUUACUGUUUAUAUUAUGUUCUGUGAAGUUAAAAAUGAUGAAAAAGAUGAAAAGGCGCCUCCUCCGUCUAAGGUUGCGGAGACCCCUACUGGUGCAUCUAGGCCUGGAAGAUUUUAUUCAACCAUAGCUGAUGGUUUUAAUUGGGGGGCUGGAAAUGCGAUGGGACACAGAUUCGUCGAAGCCAUUUUCGGUCCUAGAACCAUUAAAACAGAGGUUGUUUUACCAGAGAAAGUUGAAGUUGCUGCUAUUUCUGCAACGGAUGAUGAUAGCGAUAAAUUUAAGGAUUACACUGAAUCAUGCAGUAUCAGCUAUAAUGCAUUUCAAGAAUGCUUAUACAUGAAAGGGAAUAAUCUAAGCAAAUGUCACGUCUUCAUGGAUUCGCUGUUCGAGUGCAGGAAGAAUUCCAGUUCCUUUAACUUCUAAGUUUUUGGGAUUUUUAAUUAGUUCCUUUAUAGUUGAUUCAUCAUUCGUUUCUGAUGUGGUGAUUUCUUUGGAUAUUUUUUUUUCUUUGGAUAAUUAAACCUCCAAGUCUGUGAUUUAUCGUAUGUCUUGGACAAAAUUAAUAAAGUACUAGGUAACAUGCGCAAGAUAUUUUUCUAGAUUUGUAUAUAUUUUUAAUAUAAUAAAAUUAUUUAUAUAUUUUAAAUAAAUAUUAUAUUU